UAGGAGAAAUGGGUCAGCCAAAGUCGUCUUCAUCACCACGAAGAUAGAGCAAUGAAGACAAUUUUGGAUUGUUGGUUCAAAAAAAAGAAUAAGCAGAAGCAGAAGACAAUUUUGGAUCUUCCAGAGGAUUUGGUAGCUGAUGAGAUAAUCUCUAAGGCGCCGAUUAAAUCUCUGGGCUCAGUGAGAUCGACUUGCAAAAAGUGGAACACUUUAUGUAAAAAUCGGAUCUUUUUGGGUAAAGAAGCAGCAAAGAAGCAGUUCUUGUUGAGGGACAAGAGGACGAUUUGUUUGAUGAACUUUGAUCUCAGCAAAGACGAUGGCACCCCAUCUGUAGAACAAGUAAGCGUGCUUGAUCAAAAAAUCCAGAUCUUUAAGGUGUUUCAGUUUGAUGGCUUGUUGCUAUGCUUCCUCAAGGAUUACUCUAGGCUUGUGGUGUGGAACCCUCACUUAGGUCAAACGAGGUGGAUCGAACCCAGAAACAGUUUCCAUAGUUCAGACAUGUUUGCUUUCGGACACGACAGCAGCUUCAACUACAAGAUCCUGAGGAUCUCCACUGAGAUUCAUCCAGUUACAGACCAGUACGCUUUAGGGAUCGAACGCUACGAGUUCAGCUCGAGCUCUUGGAAGGUUCUUGAUUUCAGUCCAGACUGGCAGUCGAGGUCUCGUCAACAGUGCGUGUCUUUGAAUGGAAACGCUUAUUUUCUUACGGGUGUUAGAGGUUCCUUCCUCUGUUUUGAUUUCACAACAGAGAGGUUCGGACCGCUUCUGCCUCUGCCGCCGUUUCAUUCUUACGACGACGGAUUACAUUUCCUGUCUUUCUCUUGUGUUAGAAGAGAAGAAGAGCAGCAGCAGCUGGCUUUGUUGUAUCAACAUUGGAAUGCACGUGAUACAAUCGAGAUUAGUGUUACGGACAAGGUUGGUCCUCAUGUUGUGUCGUGGACAAAGUUUUUGAAAGUGGUCACUGGCUCUUGGGUUGACCCUCCUUCUGGGAGUUUCCUCAUUGACGAGGAGAAAAAACUUGCUGUGGUUUUCGUUCUAGAAAAGGUCAGUGAAUGUGUGUACCAAACUGCUCACGUCUUCGGACAAGAUGGAUACUUCAAAUCUGUUAGAAUCCGUGAAGCUCCCUAUCUCGAAAACAGUUCUUCUCGGAAUAAGAGAUAUUAUCCGCCACUGUUGUGCUCUUCAUAUCUUCCAAGCUUACUGCAACUCAACCAACCCAUUCUAAUGGAAAGAAUGUGCAAUCAUCUUUCUUUCGGAUUAAAUCGUUAAAUAUUUGUUUUGUCUUUUUGAAUGUUUGUAUCCUCUCUUUUCAGACUGUUCAUGUCUCUCGUGAUAUGUAGUCUAUGAUACAGGUUCAUCCUCUACUCACCUGUAAAACUUAUUAGUAGUAUAUGAAUAUGGUUUGUUCCUACGA